GGCGCGAAACAACAGAAGUUUGCCACGUCAGGCCCCAACUCAGUCACAGUCACAGGGUCUCUUGGACGAAAGGGGAGUCAAAUCCAAACAGAACAAGAUCACAGUCAGACUACCCUAACGACUCACUCCAGAUGGCGCCGAAAAGGACGUGGACUGUGGUUAUUUGUGUUCUGUUGUUGACUCUGAGUCCGCUGGGAACAUCUAAGCCACUGUGGUGUGUCGAGCCGUACGUCAUUAUGCACAGCUUUGGCCUGCCAGACGUGGUGGAACCGGACAACACAGGGCAUGAUUGUCCCCCGCUCUACUCAUUGUUUGGCAAUGACUGUUUCCGCUUCGUGACUCCCGGAAGCUAUCAUAAUCAUGUCGAGGUACCGUUCGCAUCGGCGAAAGCGGACUGCGAAAGUGUCAACGCAACUGCGGUAGAGUUGGUAGACCUGUUGUAUCCAAAUGCCCAGAAGGUUACCCAAAUCGCCUUACACAAGUACGAGGGGAGACGCGAGUUGAUCAUGGACGAUAACUCGUGCGUGACGAGGGCAUACAAUCAAGAGUCGGGCCAGUGGAUUUUGUGCUCCGGGAUAUGCCAAAAAAAUAUAAACAAGGUGUACAUCUGCACGUGUCCCGCGCUAAUUGUGACAUAGGUCGGCCCAUGCUCAACUACAUCUGGAGCCUACAUAUGGAAAAUCGAGUUAAGCUUCUAAUGCAUCUUAUCAUAUCGCUAUAGCCUGUUUCACCAUGACUAGGCAUAACUGUCCCGAUGUUAGAAGUAAAUGACAUUCUGCUCAUAAAUUAGGACACAGCUACAAAUGUGGAACUGUGACCGUUCUUUGAACUUUUUGUACGCUAAACACCUACAUUGUAACACCUGUUUAUAGACGAUUACGGCUACCAUCUAAUUUGAAGAUGCUUGAGACAUAUGGGGUAUUCGUUUCGUACUUCAGCUACCGAUUAUCCCAAUUACGUUGUGAGGCAGGCUAUGAUAGAUACAGAAGAUGUUAUCGAUAGUGCCCGGAUGUACAGGACAGAAACUCAAUACACGUAGGCGUCGGAUAAAAACAUGAUGUAACGCGAGGAGUAUUGACGGUAGUCUGUGGAACGGUGGCCAGUUGUGAUCGUGCUCUGAUGAGCGCCACGAGAAGUAAGAAUCACAAUGUUGUAGAGACUAGCCACUGUCUAGCCGCAUUGACUGUGCAGGCUUGGAGAAAAUGUGAUGAGGCCGAUAGCGAGGGAUGAUAUGUCCUGCCAACAUUAAUGUAAUCGGCCUAACAAUUGACGGUCAGGAAAUAAAGAAAACAAUAAAAACAGUA